AUGUCCGUGAUUGAAAGCUCGAAGCAACGGCAUGUUGCUGUUCUUGCUUUUCCAUUUGGCGGCCACGUUGAGCCCCUGCUUAACUUGGUAUGCAGGCUAGCUAGCAGCACAUCCCCAGAUAUGUGUUUUUCUUUCCUCAACUCAGAAAGAUCAAAUAACGUGCUAUUUUCGGAGAAAUCAGAAUCCAACAUUCCUAGCAACUUAAAACACUACAAUGUGUCAGAUGGUGUGCCGAAAAAUCAUGUCUUGAAAGGGCAUCCAAUGGAGGUAGUGGAUCUAUUCCUCAAGGCCACACCUGCAAAUUACAAAAUUGGAAUAGAGAAGGCGGUGGCGGAGACAGGCAAGAAGGUUACUUGUUUGAUUACAGAUGCAUUCUUGGUCUUUGCUGGAGAGAUGGCUCAGAAUUGGGGUGUUCCAUGGAUUCCUCUUUGGAUACCCAUGCCAUGCAACCUGUCUGCUCACAUUUACACUGAUCUUAUCCGCGGCGAGCUCUUUCCAAAUUAUGUUGGCCUCGAAAGUGAUAACCAGAUUGGUAAUGACGACGAUUGUUUGCACGAAGAUAAUACACUGGAAAUUGUUCCAGGGCUGUCCGCAAUGCAUAUUGCGGACUUGCCUGAAGAAGUAGUUCCAUGUGACUCACUUUUGUCACAAAUGCUAAGUCAAAUGGGGCGAGUGCUGCAUCAAAUGACAGCUCUUGUCUUGAAUUCCUAUCAAGAGAUAAAUCCCACACUUCUGAAUAACGAUCUCAAAUCAAAAGUCCCUAAGUUACUCAACGUAGGUUUUCUCACAGCCUCGUUACCAGCAGUCCCAAUGGUUGCACCAUCAAGUUCGGAUGCCACGGGUUGCCUUUCGUGGUUAGAUGAGCAACCAGCUUCGUCUGUGGCAUAUAUCUGUUUUGGGACGAUCGGCGCUCCAUCUCCGAAUGAGAUGAUAGCCUUGGCAGAGGCAUUGGAAGUAAGCGGCGUAUCAUUUCUUUGGUCUCUCAAAGACAAUUUUAAGGACCUAUUGCCAAGCGGUUUUGUAGAAAAGAUCACAUACAAGCAUGGAAAACUAGUGCCGUGGGCACCCCAAGCUCAAGUGUUGGCUCAUACUGCAAUCGGUAUGUUUAUUACGCACAGCGGGACAAAUUCGGUGUAUGAAAGUGUUGCAAAUGGGGUGCCAAUGAUCUGCAGGCCAUUAUUCGGAGACCAAAGAAUGAACGGGCGGAUGGUGGACGAUGUGUGGGGGAUCGGAGUGAAAAUUGAGGGCGGAAUACUCACAAAGAGUGGAGUGCUCAAGAGCUUGGAGCUCGUUUUGGGAAGUGAACAAGGGAAGAAGAUGAGGGAGAAGGCCAGAGCUCUCAAAGAGAUUAUAGCAGAGGCUGCUGGGCCUCUAGGGAGUGCUGUACAAGAUUUUACAACUUUGGUGGACAUAAUUUCUUUGCAUUAG